AUGAGUGAAGCUGGUGCUCUUGACCCUGCCAAGAUCAAAGCAGCACUCAAAAUGACUAUUCUUAAAUGCAAUAAUCUUGAAGCUGAAAUCGGAAAACUCAAAAAUGACAUAGAAGAAAAGAAAACUAAAAUCUCGAUGUUACAAUCUAUUAUAGAUACAACUACAAAUGAAAGAGAUGCUGCUAACAAAACAGUUACCGAACAAAAUAAUAGAAUUGAAAAGUUAAAUUCCGAAAUCCAACAUUUUGUCGAAAAAGAAAGCAAAUACGUUCAAAUUGGAGAACAAGCAAAGAAAUUUGCAGCUGAGAGAAACAAACUAAUGGAAGAAAACAACUUAUUCAGGCAAGCAAAUAAUAAUGUCAAUGAAGUAGUUGAAUCCGCAGCGAAGCUACGUGAAGAAAACAAAGAAUUGCAAUCCAAAGUCAACGAAUUGCAAAAAGAAAAUGAUGAUUUCAAGUCAAAAACCCUUCAAAAUCAAGCAUCUGCAUUAUUGGGUGGUUUUAUGGGCUUAGUCAAGGGAGAAAGUCAAGAAGUUACAGAACUUAGAAAGAGACACAACGAAAGAGAAGCGAUUUUGGCAAAAAUUUCAACAGAAAAUAACCAAUUAAAGGAGAAAUUGCAGAAAUUAGAAGCAGAAAAGAAUAAUAAUUCAGAGUACGAACAAAUUAUCGAAGAAAUUACAAAAGAAAAUGAAAAUCUGAAGUCAAAAUUACAAAAUCAAAACAAUUCAAGCGAUGAAACACUCAGAAAACAGUUGCUUGAGAAAGACUCUACAAUAAAAUCAUUGUCUGAUGACAAUAAAUCCCUUUCUGACGAAUUAGAAAAAUUAGAUUCAGAAAAAGAACAAAAAGAAAAGGAAUUCAUCGCAAAAAUAAAUGAAUUACAAAAUUCUUUGUCAAAUUUGAACGAUAAAAACAAAAAUAAAAUAUCAGAAUUAGAAUUACAAAAUCAGGCAUUGAAUAACAGUUUGAUAGAGUUGAAACAUAACAAUGAAACGAUUUUGAUGGAGAAACAACAAAUUGAAACUCAAAUUUCAAAUUUAAUUUCUAAAAAUUCUGAAUUAGAAACAAAACUUCAAAAGAUGCAGCAAAUGAAUGCAGGAAGUGAACAAGACAGAGAUAUAAUUUCUGAUUUACAGAAAUCAUUGGAAUCAUCAAAUAUCAAAGCCAAAAAUUUGGAAUUAACAAAUGAAAAUCUCCAAAAAGAAGGAAAUUCGUUGAAAUUGGAAAUUUCUAAACUUAAUUCAAAUAUUGAAAAAUUAAAUCAGGAAAAAAUAGAAAACAACAACAAAAUAAAUGAAUUACAAUUAAAUAAUGAGAAAUCAUUAGAAAAUCUUCAAAAUCAUCAAAAAAUUAUUGAAAAAUUAAAUCAGGAAAAAAUAGAAAUUACAAAGAAAAUAAAUGAUUUGCAAAGUGUUAAUGAUAAAUCUAAAGAAAAUAUCCAAAAUUAUGAAAAAAUUAUUGAAAAAUUAAAUCAGGAAAAAAUUGAAAACACAAAGAAAAUAGAUGAAUUAAAUGAUGUAAAUGAGAAAUCUAAAGAAAAUAUCCAAAACAAUCAAAAGAUUAUUGAAAAAUUAAAUUCAAAAUUUCUGGAAUUUGAAAAUCAAAUGAAAGAAAAAGACAGUGAGAUUGCGAAACUUCAAGAAGAGAACUCCAAUUUCGUUUCCAAUUUGCAGAAAUCAAAAGAAGAAAGUGACAAAAAUUUGACAGAAAAAAUUCAAAAUUUAAUCAAUGACAGAACGAAAUUGAACAACACACUAAAUGAUUUAAGCAAAGAAAACAAAGAAAUAACAGAGAAAUACCAAAAUCUUUCCUCAGAAAAUGAAAAAACAAAAUCACAAAAUCAAAAUCUUGAAAAGAACUUAGAUUUGGCAACAAAAGAAUUAUCAACAAUUAAAGAACAAAACAAAGAACUAGUUAAACAAAACCAAGAUAUGCAAACUGAACUAAAUGAUCUAAAAAAGUUUAAACAAGAAAAUUUGACAAAUUUACAAAAUUAUUUGAAUUUGAUGAAAGAAAGCGAAACAAUCAAAACAGAAAACAAAUCUUUGAAGACUAAUUUAGAGAAUGCAACAACAGAACUUCAAACAACAAAAUCAAAUUUGCAAAAUUUGCAAAAACAAAGUCAAAAUUUGGAAAAAAGAGCAAAUUCUGCAGAAGAAACAGCAGAAAAUGUUUUGCAGAAACUAAAACAACAGAAUGAAAUUAAUAAUAACUUAGAACUUAACUUGCAAACUCUGAAACAAGAAAAUGAGAUCCAAAAACGAAAAAUUGAUGAAAAAGAAAAAAUUCUUUUGCAAAUUCAGCAACAAAAUGAAGAAAAUGAGAAGAAAAACUCAGAGAAUAAGAAACAAAUGGAAACUAAAUAUGAUAUAAUGAUAAAUGACUUGAAACAAGAAAUAAAUGAAUUAAAUGACCAAAUUAAAUCAAAAUCAAAAGAAUUGGAUGAAAUUAAUUUACAAAAAGUGACAGAAAAUAAUAUGAAUCACGAAAAAAUCGAAAAAUUAGAGAAUGAAAACAAGAUGUAUAGUGAUAGAUGUAGUGAUUUGGAAAGCCAGUUGCAAAGCAUGAUUUCUGAAUUAAGACAUUUGAAGAGUGAAAGAGAUUCAACUCCAGUUUUAAAUUCAGAAAAUGUCAACAAAAUUAUUGAAGGAUUAAGAGAAGAAAAUAAAGAUUUGUCUGAGAAAUUGAGUGAAUCAUUGGAUAGAGAAAAUAAUUUGUUGAAUGAUGCAACAAAUCAUGAUAUGGAAAUUACAAAACUCAAAGUGGAUUUGUCAAAUAAAAAUAAUCAAAUAAUUGAAUUAAAACAAAAAGUGACAGAAUUUUCAACAAAAGUGACAAAUUUUGAAGAAAUCAGUGAAAAGUUAAAAGAGAAAGAGCAUGAUUAUGAAAGAAUUAAGAAUGAAAAUGAAAUUGCAAAUGGUAAAUUGCAGAGUUUGGAUAAAAUUAGAGGAGAUUUAUCAAAAACAGUUGAUGAAUUAAGAGAAAAUCUUCAGAAAACUAAUUUGAGUUUAUCUAAAACACAAGAUGAACUAAAACAGAAGAAUGGAGCUUAUGAAGAAGCUGUGAAAAGAAUUGUUAAGUUAAUGAAAUACAUAAAGAAAAUAGAAUCAAGAAGUCCUGAAUAUUUGAAGACAGUUUUGAUUCAGUUUUUCUCCCAAAAUGCAAAAACACAAGAAACAUUAAUUCCUGUAAUUAUGGAAAUUGCUGGAUGCGAACAAAAUGAAAUCCAAAAAGCUGUAGAGGAUUGGAAAUCUUCUCAUACUAUCUUGUCUUUUAUGAAGAAAUAA